GUAAGCAGCAAGCAGUCGCCUAGCUAUCGCCCACAAGACGAAACCAUCGAGGAGCACUGUUGCCACCAAGUCAGCGUCAAAUCUUCUAAACCUCACUGGAUAUGCCAUCAGGUCACGAGUUCAAUGUCCGUACUCCGGUCUAUCCGACAGCAGCCGAUAGCUUGGAGAAACCUCCAGGACUCGUCAAUCACUCGAGCCUGUCCUUCAACGUGAUAUGCAGGUUUUUCGAGCAACUCAGAGAUCAUCCAACCAAGCGGAGAGAGCUUUUGGUCAAGAUGUUCGAGUUACUCAGAACUCAUGCUGGACCAGACCUGUACCCUUUCAUCCGGUUACUUUUACCUGACCGAGACCGAGAAAGACCAGUAUACGGUCUCAAAGAAUCUCAAAUGGCCAAAGUCUACGUCAAGGUCCUCGACCUAGAUCCAAAGUCGGAAGCCGCUCAGAAGCUCAUUCACUGGAAGAUACCUCGCCCAGGAGCCGAAGCGACAGGUGAUUUCCCUCAUAUAUGUUACGAGGCCAUCAAAGCUAGACAGGUGCCGCCGAAGCCGGAGGAUAUAUGGACUGUGGACGCUGUGAACCAGGUACUGGAUAGAUUAGCAGUGACCCGGGGGAACAAGGUAGACGCCCAUGUUAGGAUCUUUGGAGAGGUGAUGAAGCAUCUGAAUGCAGAACAGCAACGCUGGUUGAUGAGAAUCAUCCUCAAGGAUCUCAAGAUUAGCGUGCGGGAAAAGACCGUUCUCGCGGUAUAUCACCCGGACGCCCAAGAAUUGUUCAACGUCUCUAGUGAUCUAAAACGCGUAUGCUGGACGUUGACCGAUAAGGAGAAGAAGUUGGAAACAGGGGAAGCCGAAGUGAAGCUGUUUAGGUCGUUCCUCCCUCAACUCUGCAAGCGUACGGCGAACCACGACUUUGCCGCGAUCGUCAAACAUAUGCCAAAGGAUUUCUACAUCGAGGAGAAGAUGGAUGGAGAAAGGAUCCAGCUGCACAAGCGAGGGAAUGAGUAUUUCUACUGCUCGAGAAAGGCAAAAGACUAUACAUACCUCUACGGCGCGCAUAUCGGAGACGGUACCCUGACGCCACACAUCCAUGGAGCUUUUUCGUCUGGCGUUCAAAGCUGUAUAUUGGACGGCGAGAUGCUGGUUUAUGAUCCGCUGCUCGGGCGAUAUCUAGCGUUCGGUACUCUGAAGUCUGCAGCUCUUGAUCGUACAAAUCAACCGGAUGCCGUGAGACCAUGUUUCAAGGUGUUUGAUGUCCUCAUGAUCAAUGGCACCAGUCUGGCUCAGAAAUCGCUUCGGAGAAGAAAAGAAGUACUGGCGAAAGAUCGAGUCUUCAAGACGGUUCCUGGUCGGUUCGAGCUUGCCGACUUGUGGGACGGAUCGACUCCCGACGAUAUCGAUAUGCGAUUGAAAGAUAUCGUAGGGUCAAAAGGGGAAGGAUUGGUCAUCAAGAAUCCAUUGUCUGCGUAUGAAAUGAACGGGCGUAGCGAGAGUUGGAUCAAGGUCAAGCCAGAAUACGCUGAUGACAUGGGAGAAACGCUGGAUCUGACCGUUCUAGGUGGAUGGUGGGGUAGCGGUAAGAGAGGAGGCAAGAUCGGCUCUCUGCUUUGUGGUCUGCGCAAUGAACAAGAUCCACCCGAAGAUGGCUCUUUACCCACCUUUACAACGUUUUGCGCGGCUGGAGGUGGUUUGGCGUUCAGCGAUUUUGUUUGGCUAGAGAAAAAGUUCGGAGACAAAUGGAUUCCAUUCGAACGCAGCAACGCCCCGAAAUGGGUCGUCUUUAGCAAAUUGAAGCCGGACGACAAGCCGGACGUGUACCUUCAGCGCCAGGACCUUUUCACCAUCACCGUCAAGGCUUCGGAGAUUACCGUCUCUGAAGGUUUCGGUAUGGGUUUGACGCUGAGAUUCCCCCGCGUGAGGAGAAUCAUCGAGAAGGAAGAGGAGGAAGACGAUGCCGCCAAGAUAAACGCUUAAGUCUGCUGACCGAUCGAAUUGCGUCCACGACCGCUCACUCUACGAACUUCCGUUGUAACGAAACUUGAGACGACCACGACACUGUGAUUCAUGCCAUUUCGAGAUCCGAACGAGACAAUAUACCAUCAGAAACCCGAGCAAUGUCCCUUGCUAUAAGGAGGCUUUAGACGAGUGAUUCACAACGGAAAAUGAGUAUGGGACGCAGUAGCUUUAACACCUAUAGUGUAUCCACCAGAUAUAGCUUAGUUACCCAACUUAUAGUAUCAAGACUUUUCACUGGAAUCCUGGGCCCGGGGGCUCUGGCUCCUUUUCUCGUCAGCCAGCAGUGAUCCCAAGCGACUUUCCUGAGUUGUAAAGCAAUGGGCAUUCAGUAC